AUGCCUAAAGAUCAGGGCGGGAUAGGCCUCCUGGAUAUAAAGUCCCGGAAUGAAGCGAUAGAACUAACAUGGCUACGAGGCUACCUCAAACUCGACGGAGAUCGCCCGACCUGGGCGUAUGCAGCGGACGUCCUCCUAAGCAUCCACGUAACUGCCGACGCGGGCGAAAUUCGACCAUCGGCACAAAUAAACACGUUCCUCCAGACGUGGAAGCCUGCCACACAUGGCAAAACAGGUCUUCCCAGAUAUCUAACAACCAUGCUGCGAAUCGGAAAGAAAUACAACGUUAGUCUGGCUGCAAUAAAGCUCGACCGCAAUCUAAAAGGCAAACUCCCGAUCUGGUACCAUAUGGGAGCAUCGAAGAAACUACGUCGCCUGAACAACACCAGUAUAAGCGACUGCCUGAGGGAGACGCACGGCAUUCUAAGGGUCGUGGACCUCCUACGUCUAACAAGACGCCAGCACACACGAGGAGACGCCCCCAACCCCAAUGCGAACCCCUCAGAAUGCAUAUGUGACGACUGCAUAGAUGACAUGGCGCAGGGAUGCCUACACCCGCACAAAUGCAUAGCAGCGGCAGCGAACCUACUGGAACAAGUGGCCGCCAAAUGGCACCCACACACCGCAACUCCAGGAGAUGGCCUCUCCCACACACGGACCCGCCGCAUAGAUAACAUUAAAGCCCACGGAGCCGGGCAGCCAGUGUGCUUCGACCCGUCAAUCACCGAACGCGGUGAUCUGUCCGAAGCCUUUAGAGUCUUCGUGCACCCCGACACCCAUGACCGGCCGCCCGCCCUACGCAUCCGUAGAGGGCGGGUCGUACAGGACGAAACCACCUCCGCCUACGUGGCAGAUGCCUAUACCCUCAAAGGGAAUCGCUCGCUCCGCGAGCGCGACACCCCCGCAAGCGGGGGGGUCCACCUGUCCGGGCUCGAAUCGCGGACAAUGGUAGCAACUGCCCCCGCAGACAUGGAAGGCCGAACAGAUCGGACAGGAGAACUAGCCGCCACGACACUAGCCGUGAUGACCAUCCCACUCGACGUUCCCCUACGCAUCGUCAGC